CAAGCAGAGAGCCGCUGUGGAGGGCAGCAAAUCGACUGCCUGGGAAUCUCCUGGGACGGCUAGAAUCGCAUCGAUGGUGAGCUCAAGACGACGACGAUGAAGAUGGAGAGCCCGGACGCCCGAUAAAACAUGCAUCCGACGACUACCAUGCUGUGCUCCCUCCUCCUCCCACAGGUAGUAGGAGCAGCCACGGUCACCUGGCUCGGCGGGACUGGGAGGUGGAAGGAGCCCCGCUUCUGGGACAGCGGCUCGGUCCCGACGUCGAGUGACACCGUCGUCAUCCGACAGGGCACGGUCUACCUCACCGAGGACCGUUCGAUCACGAAUUUGGAGGUCACGGACUCGGGACGCGUCGUCCUCGCGACCACAGAAUGCCCGGAAGGCUGGGCCGUCCUCAGAAGAGACGGUAACGGCAACUCGGAAGGCUGCGCGAAGGCCUUUGCCGACGCAAGGAGCUGGAACGACGCUGAACUUGAUUGUCGAGUGAGAGGAAGAGGCGGCGUCUGGCGCGCGAAUUCCUCGGACACGCUGGCCGGAACGGGCUGCUACACCAAUAGUCGGGGCGAGCGCGUGUGUCGAGUGGAAGACCGUGAAACGUCCGGCAAAAUGGCAAGGGAGAAAUACACGAGGUGGCUGUCGAACGGGACUCAAGAUGACGAGGGCGGGUCGAUCCAUGGUGGGUAUCGCGGGCAUUUAGCACUGAUAGGGGACGAGGAGACCAAUAGGAUCGUGUCAAUAUUGUGUGCGGAGGCUUCCAAUGCUUCGUCUCUGAGGUAUGAAAAUUCGCGAGCAGAGAGCAUGGGCCAGCAAAUGGCCGACGUCGACGCCUGCUGGAUCGGAUUAAGCAUGGCUUUGGAUGGGGAUGCCAUGACCCAUGAAAUGUUUGAGAACAGGGCGUUCCGCGACGGUGGCGCCUACGGCGAGCAUCGCGCGUACGGGGCGAAGGGCUCUAAUCCCGUGCCGGAGCAGCGCAGUCAUCACACGCAGUGGUCUCUUGAUGAACACGCGGACGUGGGCAACUGGGCCUGGGUCGACGAGGGCGCCGUCCCGCCCGCCGACGACGGCGUCGCGGGCUUCCACGGGAACUUGUACCGGAGCUGGGCGCGCCACGAGCCGCGAUAUCGACUGGCGGAGACGUGCGCGGCCACGUUACACCGGGGCUACGACCCGGCGUCGCAAGCCAGGGCGCGGUGGACGUCGGCCGACUGUACUUCUCAUAAACCCUACGUCUGUACAAGAAGAGGGACCACGGAGCAGCACACGUUAAUUGUGUCGAAUACGUUGACGCUCAAGGAUGGUGGUGUGUUAAGAGGCGGCGGCGUCGUGAAACCAGGUACCAUAGUUUCCAAUAGAGACGGCUACUUAGAUGGUGCCGGUUUGGAAGCGUCUUCAUUAACUACGGACCUGACGGGCGUCCACGGCGCCUGGCUUACCAUAUCAAGUACGUUCACGCUGAGCGGGCGAUUACUGGGACAUGGCGGCCGCGUGCUUGGAAACACGCUAUCCCUGUCUAAUGGACGGUGCGACUGGCCCGUCUACGCCGACAAGGUCACGGGUUCUGGUUCGCUAGGAGGCGGCGGCGAUUUGAGUCGAGGCGAAGUAAGCGGCACCUCCAUCGUAAUAGACGGCCAGAGCCUUUCCCUGAGAUCGCCUGUAAUAGAUGUGUUACGCUUAAAAGCGGACGCGCCGGUCAUUCGCGAGGACUUCGAGUACGCUAAGGAGAAGGUCGUGACGGUGACCGAGCGGUCGUGGCGCGACUGGCCUUCCAGUGCAGUACGGGCGGCGGGCUACACCCACCUGCAUUUCAGAAGUAUCGAGAACGACUAUUACGAGCGCGGGAAUGUUCGAGGUAUUGGGAGUUAUAGGGACUUCGACAGUAAUUAUGGGGAGCCCCAGACGAGUGGUCCGAUGGCUGGUGUUGAUGGCCUCAAGGGUCGACUCGAAUCCGCACUCGGCGCGAAGGACGAGUUCAUGACUUUAGAAAGGUCGGCCUUCGUCCUCGACGGUCGCGGGAAUAAUAGGUUGGGGCCGGCCCAAGGGAGUUAUAGGUUAUCGGUCGGUAGCGAGCGGUCGGAGUGCAUCCCCUGGCACGCCUCGGCGAAGGAAGUCUCGGACGCCGUCAAUGGUUUGACAGCAAUCAGUUCCAUUGGAGGCGCCACGGUCAACAGGAGGGGCGACGGGAGCCACCGCUGGGGCCAUGCCUUUCAUUACGAGAUCGCGUAUGAUAGUGCCGAGACGGCGACCGUACCUACGCUGCGGUUUGAUUGUGAAGGGUCAAAUGACUUCGGGACCGAUUCUCUAGCAACUGGUGGUGACUGCGGCUGCGUGGAUAAUGUUGCCAGAGCUCAUACGAAACCGGCCGGCACCUGCUCGUGGAGCGGCGACCCGACGUCCGCCUCGGACAACCAAGGAACACACCUCGUGGCGGUUCAUGCAGCGAAGCACGGCGACCCCGGGGACUACUGCCUUUCUAGAGUGUUUGGGUCCGUCGAUCGUAUACAACAGGGCGGCGAGACCGCGGUCAGUACGACCCUAGACUUCCGCGAGGGCUGGCACCGGCUGUCCGCGACCGCUACGGACGUGAAGGUGUCCGGCCACCACGCGCGCGUCGACGUCGCCGCCGCGGCCGCCUCCUAUUCUACCUUGGAGGUGUCGGCGGGCACGGUCACGUUCGCCGGUCCGGGCUAUCGGGGCGACGACGCCGCUGCCCUAUUGUGGGCGCCCUACGACCGCGAGUGGCGCGCGGCCCUGGCGCUGCGCGAGGGGCCGUCCUUCGGCCACAAGGUCACUGGUGCUGUGACAUUAUCGGGCGGCGAAAUACGCAUGGCUUCGGAGCGGCUCAUCGACUCGUACUCGCGGGGACCGCCCCAUGGUUCCGUCACCUUCGAGAGCACCUUAUCCUGGACGGGCAAUGGUGGUAUAAGGGGCAACGGCCGGCUUGUGGUCGAGGGCGCGGCCACCAUAAACACCUGCGUGAACCACACGGAGUGCGACCGGACGCUCUGGCCGGCGCACGUCCGGGACUGCGCGCGCGUCGUGCUGGCGGGGGCUUCUACCUUUCAAGGAGGUGAUAUUGUGACGGGCGAGGGCGCCGGCUUGGACGUCGCCGCCACCUUAACCAUGAGCGGGUCGGCGAACGUCCUCGCCUCACCACGACCGGAACGCACGCCGGGCCGCCAGGAGGAUCCAUUGAACGACCGCGGCUGGUACAGCAACCCGGCCUGCGGCGACGCGUGCGCGCGGCCACCGCUCGUGAAGAUCGAGAAUGGCGGGACGCUGUCGGUGGAGGGCUCAAACGUCGUCGAGGCGACGCUCUUCGCGCGCGGGAUUCUUGAUGCGCAGGGGUCGCUGACGCUGGGCGACGGCGGCGGCGGCGACGGCACGUUCCAGAUCGCGGCCGGCGGCCGCGUGUCCCAGCGCAACGGGCUCUUGGACCUCGAGCGGGUGAAGCUGCGGGGCGAGGGCGAGCUCGGCAUCACGGGCGGGCGGCUCUUUUUACCGGGGCCGACGCUCAUCGAACCGUCCCUCAACGUGUCGGGCGGCGAGGCGGCCUUUCGGGCGAGGCGCGUCCUCAUGGCGUCGGCGGCUGUGUGUGAAAUCAACCAGUGCGUCGGGUGCUCCAAUAAUUCUUCACAAAGUCAUUUCACGGCGAGGACGCGGCCACGCUGGCUCCAUCGAGUGGUGAUGGACCGGCAGCGCCACGCCAUCGAGCAGGCGUCGCGUCGAUGGCGUGGAGAACGCGCCGUAAAAUUUGAUUUCCACACAGGUCGGCAGACGUCACGGUCUCGAACGGCACUUUAUCUUUUCUCGCGGACGCGACGAACGGCACGCUGCACGGCCGCUUCCACCUGUUGAAUACCGGACGGGUCCGUUUUCCGGAGCGCGACUCGCUCGCGGAGCCGAGUAGGUUUCACCUGUCGUGUCCGUCGCGCGAACAGGCGCCGAACUGUGCAUAAAUCAAAUUGUCGCGGCGCGUCUCCGCCACCGCUGAAUCGUGACUUCCACGCCAUCGACGCGACACCAGCUCGAUGGCGUGGCAGUGUGGGUCUUGCACCACUCGAUUCAGUCAUCAAGAUCGCAAUUGUGCACCCGACUCACUGGUUGAUUUACGCACAGGCGCCGAACCACCCCUGCCAGGGGCCCUACACGCUGGAUCGGUCCCACGUCGAUAUUCGCGGCCAGACGACGUGGCGCGGCGGGACCGUGAGCGGUGGCGGCGACCUGCACCUGCGGGCGGCGUCCGUCGUCGCCGACGGCGAGCUCAAGAUGUGGGCGCGCGUGGUCAACCACGGCGGCAUGUUAUUAGAGGACGGACAGAUCAUCGCCGACACCGAGGGCUACCUCGAGAACCGGGGGACGGUCGAGAUGGUCGGCCCGCGGACGACCUACAACGGCGUCACAGCACGUAGACCCCGGUCGGAGACGGAGGUGACGCUGCUGCACGACUGGGAGGACAACAUGCUCCGCGAGGGGCGGCGCGUCAUGGUCGUUGGCGACGACUCGGCGCGGGCGAGCACGCUGGGGGUGUAAGGGCUUUUGUGAAA